AUGUCAAGCAUCCGUCGACUUUCGGAUGAAGAUGUGCGAGCUGUCUUUGAAAGCUUGCAUGGAGAUCAUCAACCCCCUCCUCACCUGAACUUUAAGAUUGUUCCCGUUGGUCCUACCGCGCUGAGGUUAUCCCCACCAUCCUAUGAAUUUGAAGAUGGCCUUUACGUGUUGCUCAAGCCCGACAAGAAGAGAAAGAAUGCCCGAGAUUGGGUCCCCGAUCUCUCUAUGGUUCCUUCACAUUUGAGAAACUUGACCAUGACAGACUUUCCGCCGAAAAUCUGUCCUUGGAGUCUAUCUGGGCCUCAGUUUCCCCAGCCUACAGCCAUACAACAAAGAUACUGUUAUCCAAAGGGAGAACAUGAAUACUCAAGCAGGAAAGGAGGAGCACUUUGGACGAUGUAUGAAAGAAACGGUAAAGAGGAUCUUCAAUUUCGGCUAUUGCAUGUCUACUUCUCUGCGAAGCGUGCCAUCAACAAGGGAGUUGACGUUGCGACAGAGGGAGUGGUCGCAAGCAAACGAACACCAACUUCCACACCUCGUCGAAGAAGAAAAGGAACCCCGAAUCGUUCUUCUCAAUCACCCUGGAACGAAAAAACUUACCCUCCCCAUAGUACACCUCGAUCUAUCCAUACAACCGUCACGGAAUCGCCUUUGAACAUGCCGGCUCCAGUUACUACGUUUCGCCCAUUUGCCAUGGCUACAAGCUGGCAUCCAGACCAAGAUAUUUUUGUUUCUCCGUUUACCAACGUGACUGAUUUUCUUGGCCAGCCUUUCCACCCUCUUCCUUCUUUCGAGCUUGAAUCACUGGAUGAGAAAGCCUUCAUGGCACCUGAACAAUCAGACUUUCAGAUGAUGGAAAGGUGUUUCCAGGACGACGCCCAGUCUUCCAGUCGCCAUGGUACAAAGCGAACAAAGACGACCACCCAAGCUCUGAUGGCGAGUGAUUCAGCAAUAAUGGACCUCGAGUCUUCCUGGACUUUAAACUUUGGAUACGAUUCAGAAGAAGACGCCUAUCGGCAAAUGGACCGUCGAUUGAGCAUCAUGGGCGAACGUGUCCGAAGCAUGGUUGCCUUGGAGACUGACAAGGAUCAUGCCAGAAGCGCUGUCGUCAAUUGGGCCCGAUCUAUUGAAUCAACCACUUUCGACGGUCAUUCAGGCUCCCAACAGACUGAUCAAGGCCAUGAUCGCGAUGUCAUUGAUAGCACGUUUUCGCCAUUAGAAGAUGCUGCUAUUUGUCACCUUUGCGCCCGCCUCGGCCCACGGUGGGAGGUCAUUGCGAAGCGCUUUCCACGUCACUCAACAUUAGAAGUGAAAUCGAGAUUCGAAACCCUGAGGAAGGAAUUCGAAUCGGGCCUUGCAAAAAUUAAUCCUUCAACCGAACUUGCUGAGAGUGCCGAAGCUCUGAAACACUCUGUCCUUUUGAAGGGCCCAAAUGCAAACAUGAAUAUCCUGCGAUAUCUGGCAGACUACAUUCUGAAAGAAGAUGGCAAAGGAGCAGUAGAGCCACCAACCUCUUUUGGCCCUUUCCGCGUUGCCAAGGCAGCCGAGGCUUGUAAACGGUGUGGGCUGAUAGUGCCGUCUUUGCAGACGGGGAGAAUCAUUUGUGAAAAGACGGGAUGGUGCAAAAAGUGUAGCAAACUUUCCGCGAUUGUCUACGGGGACUACCUUCGCGAGAUUUAUCCUCUGAAACCUGCCAAGCAGAGAACAGCGAGCGUUUGA